CCUGGGCGUGUCCGCUUCCCCGGGGAACCGGUUUGGGAACCCGAGGGAACCCCAAGGGCGAUUUUCUUCCGUCUCUGCCCUAGCAUCCCGCCGACGGCUUUUGCUUUGUUUUGUAAACUUCAGGAGAUUUUGGUCUCCAUGUAGUUUAUGGAUCCAGACUCGAAGGAUGGUUUGUGAAGCCGGGUGCAUGCCAGAGCCACCGCGGGAUUUUAUUGACCAUGGAUUCAUAUGAUUCAUCAGCAAUGACUCCUAGUGAAAGAGCAUCCUCAAGGCCUAAAGAUUAUGCUAUAGGUGCCACCCCUCUGGAGAAACGAUUAGAAUCAGUAAGGAAGCAGACUACAUUUGUCUGUACUUCACAUCGAAAGAAAAUUCCCGAGUGUUCACAAUUAGAGGAAGAUAUUGAUCCUCAAAAGGUUGCAUUCCUUCUGCAUAAACAAUGGACUUUAUAUAGUUUAACUCCCUUAUAUAAAUUCUCCUAUACUAAUCUCAAGGAAUAUUCUAGACUCCUAAGUGCCUUCAUGAUUGCUGAAAAGCAAAAAGGAAUUGCUGUGGAAGUUGGAGAAGACUUUAAUGUCAAAGUGGUUUUCUCUACCCUCCUAGGAGUGAAAGGAACGCAGAGGGACUCGGAAGCAUUUCUUGUUCAGAUUUUGUCAAAGUCUCAACUGCCAUCUGAGAACAUGAAAGAGAAAGUGUUGUGGACGGGUUGGUUCUGCUGUAUAUUUGGAGAUAGUCUUCUAGAGACGGUUACAGAGGAAUUCACCUGUCUGCCGUUAUUUCUUGCAAAUGGAGCAGAGUCAAAUACAACCAUCAUUGGAGACUGGUUUCAGAAAACUUUUGACUGUUGUUUCUGUCCCUUAUCAAUCAAUGCGUUUAAUCUUUCUUGGAUGGCUGCUAUGUGGACUGCAUGCAAAAUGGAUGGUUACAUGGCCACUACAGAGUUUCUUUGGGCUGUCCCCUGUAGCCCGCAAAGUCUCGAUAUUUCUUAUGCCAUACACCCAGAGGAUGCAAAAGCUUUGUGGGACAGUGUGCACAAAACACCUGGAGAAGUCACACAAGAGGAAGUUGACUUAUUCAUGGACUGCCUUUAUUCACAUUUUUAUAGACAUUUCAAAAUUCAUUUGUCAGCCACAAGAUUGGUUCGUGUUUCAACAUCUGUAGCUUCAGCACAUACUGAUGGAAAAAUAAAGAUACGAUGUCAUAAAUACCUCAUUGGAGUGUUAGCGCAUUUGACAGAAUUGGCACUUCUUCAAAUUGAGUGAGGCUGUGUGGACAGUACACUCAUUCUCACUAAUCGCUGUGCUGAGUGAUGGGUAUCGACGGCAUCUCUUGGGAGUGGCUCCCAGAAGAACAUAGGCGGUGGUAGUGCGUGGGCCAGGGUGUGAGUCCCGUCACUUUGAUCUGGGAUGUCAGCCUAUGGAACACACCAUGUUGCUUUUAUGUUGCUCACGUCGUUCUCCCUCCCUCCCUUUCUCAAGAAAUAUGUUUAUUAUGCCAACCUUUUGGGGACCAAAUGAGAGAUCUCUAAAAUUAGGUAUUUCUGAUUUGGGUCUUUAAAACCUGUAAUUCCUGUUGGACCUUUUAGACUUGCAUUUACAGUGUGUUUUAAAAGCUUAAUUUUGCUGUAGAGAACUGGCAAUCAGAAUCUCCACCACAGGAAAUGACAGAUUACUAUGUGACUUUUUUAGCCAUUAACCUGAUUGUUUUUAAACUGUUCGAUUGUUACUGAAAUGUUGAAUUAAAUAUCCUUUUUAAAUAU